GGUCAGGGAAGCGGGGCUGGUCAGGGCGCUGGAGCUGGUCAGGGAAGCGGGGCUGGUCAGGGCGCUGGAGCUGGUCAGGGAAGCGGGGCUGGACAGGGAAGCAGUCAGGGCGCUGGAGCUGGACAGGGAAGCGGAGCUGGACAGGGAAGCGGAGCUGGACAGGGAAGCGGCCAGGGCGCUGGAGCUGGACAGGGACAGGGAAGCGGAGCUGGACAGGGAAGCGGCCAGGGCGCUGGAGCUGGACAGGGAAGCGGAGCUGGACAGGGCGCUGGAGCUGGUCAGGGCGCUGGAACUGGUCAGGGAAGUGGACAGGGAAGCGGAGCAGGUCAGGGCGCUGGAGCUGGCCAGGGAAGCGGAGCUGGUCAGGGCGCUGGAGCUGGUCAGGGAAGUGGACAGGGAAGCGGAGCUGGACAGGGAAGUGGCCAGGGCGCUGGAGCUGGUCAGGGAAGCGGGGCUGGUCAGGGCGCUGGGGCUGGUCAGGGAAGCGGAGCUGGUCAGGGAAGCGGAGCUGGACAGGGCGCUGGAGCUGGUCAUGGAGCUGGACAGGGCGCUGGAGCUGGUCAUGGAGCUGGACAGGGCGCUGGAGCUGGACAGGGAAGUGGUCAGGGCGCUGGAGCUGGACAGGGAAGCGGUCAGGGCGCUGGAGCUGGACAGGGAAGCGGUCAGGGCGCUGGAGCUGGACAGGGAAGCGGUCAGGGCGCUGGAGCUGGACAGGGAAGCGGUCAGGGCGCUGGAGCUGGACAGGGAAGCGGAGCUGGACAGGGAAGCGGUCAGGGCGCUGGAGCUGGACAGGGAAGCGGAGCUGGACAGGGAAGCGGUCAGGGCGCUGGAGCUGGACAGGGAAGCGGUCAGGGCGCUGGAGCUGGACAGGGAAGCGGUCAGGGCGCUGGAGCUGGACAGGGAAGCGGUCAGGGCGCUGGAGCUGGACAGGGAAGCGGAGCUGGACAGGGAAGCGGAGCUGGACAGGGAAGCGGCCAUGGAAGCGGAGCUGGACAGGGAAGCGGCCAUGGAAGCGGAGCUGGACAGGGAAGCGGCCAUGGAAGCGGAGCUGGACAGGGAAGCGGCCAUGGAAGAGGAGCUGGUCAAGGCGCAGGAGCUGGUGAGGGCGCUGCUCAGGGAAGCGGCCAGGGCGCAGGACAUGGCAGCGGUGCUGGACAGGGAUGCGGCCGAGGGAAUUGUCAUGGAUGUGGCCAAGGUCAAUGUUGUGGUCAGGGACAUGUUAAUGGUAAUUUAGCAUAAUAUUUUCUGGAGAUCUUUUCCACUCCUUCAUUCAAAUGGCAUGUUUUCCCUUUUUGCUCAUGUGGUUUAGAAUUUCUGUCUCUACCACCUCAAAUUAAAAAAAAAUAAAACUGCUUGAUUUGAAAAGUUU